AUGUCAGCUUACUUGAAAGAAACAUACAUUGCCCAGCUGGCAGUCCAAAGAGCUACUCUCCUGACACAAAAGGUUGCUGUUGAGCAUUUGAAAGGUAUUAGUAAAGAAGAUCAUUCACCAGUUACUAUCGGGGAUUUUGGAGCCCAAGCAAUAAUCAUCAAUUCGAUCCUAAGGAACUUCCCAGGCGAUGAGGUUGUUGGUGAAGAAGACUCUCAACUGAUCAAGGAGAAAAACCUUGGUGACAAAAUCCUUUCGCAAGUGCAAUAUGUUCAGGAGCAGGACUCCAGCAACAAUGAUUCUCUGGGUGUCAUUGAGGACAGCGGCGCUUUAUGUGAUAUCAUCGACAAGGGACAAUCCAAGGGAGGACGCAGCGGCCGUAUUUGGGCUCUAGACCCAAUUGACGGUACUAAGGGAUUUUUAAGAGGAGACCAGUAUGCGGUGUGUCUUGCAUUGAUGGUUGACGGUGUUGUCCAAGUUGGUGUUAUUGGUUGUCCAAAUCUUCCCCAUGAUCUAAAUGACGAAUCAUCGCCUGUGGGAGGACUUUUUACGGCAGUCAAAGGCUCUGGGUCUUAUUUCCAGGACCUCAAGUCCGAUCUAGUGUAUCCUUUCAACAAAAGCAUCAGAAUCCAGGUGGAUAAUUCUCUUCCUGUCGAGCAGGCUAGAGUUCUAGAGGGUGUUGAAAAGGGACACUCAUCUCAUAGUCUACAAUCUUUGAUCAAGCAGGGUCUCAAUAUACAAAGCAAAUCCGUGAACCUUGACUCACAAGUGAAAUAUUGCGCGCUGGCCAAAGGUGAUGCUGAAAUCUAUUUGAGACUUCCAAGAGACCCGGAAUACCGUGAAAAGAUCUGGGAUCAUGCUGCGGGUGCUCUUUUGGUUAACGAAAGUGGUGGAAAAGUCACUGACAUUUAUGGUUCACCUCUAGAUUUCAGCCAUGGCAGAACAUUGAACAGCCAAGGUGUUAUAGCUGCUACCACAAACGUUCACGAUCAGAUUAUCAUGACCAUAAAAAGAAUAAUUGGGGAAAAGGGACAAAAGCUGGGGGAAUAUUGUAAAUAA